AGAGCAGCUUAGCAACACGGAGACUGGAGAGGGAGCAUCUCUGCUCCAGACAGCGCGGUGCCGUCAACAUUAGGUACACACGGAGGGUGGUGAGGAAACAACAGCAGCAAAGCCCCGGAUCUACCCGCUCCUACAGCUCGUGUGUGUGUCACCUUUUGUCUGAACUCCUGAUCUACUUCACUGCUCUUCACGGUCACCAUGAAGUUCGCAGUGGUGCUCGUGGGAGCGGGCACUCUGGCCUUCCUCGGCGCGGUCAUCUGCAUCAUUGCCAGCGUUUAUCCGCGCAAACGCGCCGCUCUCGUCAGCGAUAACGGAACCCUGACGUCGGAGUCGCUGCUCCAGCCUCUGGAGCCGGGGUCGGUGGCUCACGCCGGGCCGCUGGGCGCUCUGCACGGCGGGGAGUCGUACGAUGGUGGAAACGGGCUCGGCGGCAUCGGCGUGGAGGUUCCCACUCUGAACGAGCUCAACCUUGGUGAGGAGACGGGUGGAGGGUCGGCGAAGCAGUUCAGCUUCAGCCGACUCAUCUGCACUCCUGUGCCAGUGGGAGAGUGCAAGACCAAAGACCUGAGGCAGCGGAGGGACCACCAGCAGCAGCAGCAAGCGGACGAUCCGCUCUACGGCACCGGGGAUGAAGACCUGCGGACCACCGCGGAGGAACUCCGGCAGAUGGUCCUGCAGCAGAACGACCAGAUCCUCAUGGACCAGAGGACCAUCCGGGAGCUGACCGGGAAGCUCAGCGAGUGCGAGAGCGGCCUGGAGGACGAGCGGAGCGUCCCGGAGCGCAGCAUCGGGGUCUGGAGCGGGAACCGCCGAGUCAUGGCCGGGGAUGAUGUGACCUCAUCCGCCGCGGCACAGCUGCAGACGGCGCGGGCCGUGGAGGAGCUGGCCCGGGCCAUCAUGGAGCUGAAGGAUCGCAUUGAGAAACUGGAGGCAGAGAUAGGCCCUGCUGCUUUGAACCUCACAGACACAUCUGUGGGUGUAAGUAGUGGCGGCAGCAGCAGCGGCGGCAGCAGCAGCACAGCUGGUAACACCGGCAAGGCUCCAGCUCCGCCUUCCAGCAGUACUUCCUCCCCAUCUGCAGGGUCUGCCCCUGGGGGCCGCCGUCCUGCUUCCCCAGGCUCCUCUGUCUCCAGGCCUCCUGCUAAGGGUCCCCCUGGGCGUGGAAAGAGCACCUGGAGGGUGGAGGACCUGGAAGGGGAGCUGGAAAGGAAGAUAAAGAUGCUAGAGAAGGAGAGACAGGCCAUGAGGAAGGAGACUCAGGGCCAGCAUGAGAAGAUCAACAAGGGCAUCGACAACGUCAGCCACCGUGUCACCGAGCUGGAACACACGAUGACGGAGCCACCGUUCCCUGACGGCUUUGUCAUCUCCUUCCCCAUGCGGACCAACUACAUGUAUGGCCUGGUCAGAAAAGAGAUUACCGAGAUGUAUGCCUUCACUGCCUGCCUAUGGCUCAAAGCCAAAGAGGGUGGCAUUGGGACCCCCUUCUCCUACUCUGUGCCGGGGCAGCCCAAUGAGCUGGUUCUGUUACAGGGAGUCCACAAUCCCGUGGAGCUGCUUAUCAAUGACAAGGUGGCGCAGCUGCCCCUGUCCCUGCCACAGGAUGAGUGGCAGCACAUCUGUGUCAGCUGGACCCUCAGAGAUGGGGUUUGGAAGGCCUACCAGGGUGGGAAGAUGAAGGGACGAGGGGAGGGACUGGCGGCCUGGCACCCAAUCAAACCCGGGGGAGUCCUCAUUCUGGGACAGGAGCAGGACACACUGGGUGGACGUUUUGAUGCCUCCCAGGCCCUGGUCGGGGAGCUCUCUCAGUUUAACCUGUGGGACCGGGUGUUGAAGCCAGCCGAGGUGGCCGCCGUGGCCGACUGCAGCUCCUCGGCCCUGGGCAACAUCGCGCCCUGGACCGACCACGACGUAGAUGUCUACGGCGGCGCCACCAAGGAGUCCCUGGACCCGUGCCACGCCGCCCAGAGAUCCAACCCCUCUGGCCCCAAACAGUGAAGAAUGACUGGGAGAGGGCAGCCAUGUUUGAGAGGUCAAUUUAGGAGUGAAUUCAAGAGUCUAAAGAGUUUUUAUCCAAGUUGGAGCAUCCAGUAUAAUUUGCUUGUUGGGGGUUGGUAAGCUUACUACCAGUGGACUAUUAAAUUGUCAAGCGUGGUGUAUCUGUUCUGUUCUUUGUGUUGGUGUCCACGCUCAUGUGUUUACUUCUGCAGUGAGAUACAGUGAGUUUAGUCACAGAAUCACCUUAGUGAAGGCUUGCAUGGGUCAAUCAACCUCUGGCGUGAACGUGUUUAAACAGAGACUCUGCAUUGAUAGAGUGGAAUCUGUGGUUCAGAUGAUAAUCUCUAGGGCCAGUCAGCCAUACGAGAUUAUUCCAGCAGGUUUCAGUGCAGUCAUGGAAAGAACCUUUAACAAUGCCACAUCUAAGGGUUUCUCCAUUUAUGUUUUUUUGCAACACAGUGACACAAAAUUCCAUCUUUUCUUCAUCCAGUGUCCAGCUGGUUGUGUUAUGAUGCUACAGCUGAUUUCUGACAUGCUCUAGUGGUAAUAUCUAUUUUUAUUACUCAAUGGGGAAACUGAGUUUGGUCCAUUUUUAACUGUAUAUGAUCCUGUCGAGUAAAGUCUGUGUGCUUUUCGGUUUUUCUAUAUUGCAUACCACGAUUCGGUAAACCAGUGGACUUAUAAAUGUAUAAUGUGUAAUGUACUUCUGCUAAUGUUGCUCUGUAUCAGUCUGCUCCUCCCCGCCCCAUGCCUGCUGUAGCCUCUCGUGCAUCUCACAGCCCAGCAAAGUGAAGUUGCAGCGUUUUUUUUUUCUUUUUGUUUGCAGCUUAGAUAAAACAGCGCUCUCAGCCGACCCCUGAAAUAAAAACAUCAUGUCUAACUAAGCACCACUAAGAGAACUGGUAUUACAAUAUAACUGUGGUAUCACUGAGUGUAAAUCAGAUGAAAUGUAAAUGUUUUGUUUUGUUUUUUUGGUGAAAAUUACAGUGUACGUAUUCCCACACUGCCCCACUCUACACAUGUUUUUAUUAAAUCCUCACAGACUGAGGGGGAGGGUAUGAGGUGGACUGAUUCCAUGAUGGCCAUUUUGUACUUAGCAGCUGGCUCUGUGCAGAAAACACAGCCUGAAAAGAAGACUGUGCUUCCACUGAGCGACAGUAAACUCAAACUACUGCCACCUUUUAAGUAACCUGAAGAACUACAAGCCAAACAAAUAAAUAGUAAAAUCAUUAAGCCUUUAGAUUACAUUAGAUUGUUGGCAUUUUUUAUUGAUAGUUAUGCACCAUGGAAGCAUUUGAGUCCCAUUUUUUACAUUUAAUGAAGGAUAUAUAUAUAUUUCCCUUGAUUUAAGUUGCUUGGUUUUGAGCACAUUUUUUCCAAAGUUGAUCCUACGGGACUUUUCUAAAAUUAAAUAAUUAAUUAAACUUGCUUGAAGACAUUUCACUUCUCAUCUGAGAAGCUUCUUCAGUUCUAGGGUCAAAUGCUGUGGGAGUGUCCCCCGAGAGGGACAAUGGACCCCCUAAUGAUCCUCUACCUAAUCACAUGAGCCAAGGUGUGAAAAUGGGUGUAGGUCACAAUCAGCCAAGGUUUCGGGUGAGCUCAUUGUGAAACCUAGCCCCACCCUAUCAUGUGAUUUGAGGUCAGAUGGCCCAGGAUGUGAGUGGGCCUUCCCAGACGAUGAGCUCAGAACCUUAAAGAAGUCCAGGCACUUUUGUUUCCAAGCUCCUUAGACUACGAUGACCUGGAUGACUGAGAACCUUUACAGACAAUUAAUUAAACUGUGAUGCUCUGUGCCCCCUGUGUUUUGUUUUGGGGUUUUUUUUUGCGGGGGAUCUGUAAAGUCACAUGGUUGUAUUUCUCUGAUGUCUGGCAUUUGAUUUGUAUCUUUCAUAGUCAGCUUGAGAUGGAUGCGCUUAAUGGCCUGUAUGGAGUUGAGGCGGAUAUGCGAGGCGGACAUCACAGUAAAUAGAAGAGGGAAGAGCAAGCCAGAUGCACUGUGAGGGCCGAGGGUUUAAUUCUCGCUUCGUCCAGCUACGCUAAGAAAUGUAUCCAGUCAACACUGUGCAGCAAAAUGAACUGUGGUUAAGAUACACUCAGUGCUUCUGUUCACUUAUUACCUCAAUCCAUCAUUCCCGCAAACAAUUUGACACCCUGUUGUAAAGUGCCUGCCAGGGCUCUCGUGCCCACAGAAUGGUCAGAGGUUUUCUUUUUCAGAGUUUUCUUCUUCGUCGUCUCUUUCUUCUGUCUCUCUCUCUCGGUUUUGUUUGGUCGUUGAUGGCUGUGACAGUGUUGCGCUUGUCCUUAUCUGCAUCUUCAUGGGCCUUCUUUGGUAUUGUGAAAUAGGUGGAUAAAAACUAAUAAAGUGGUUAU